AUGCCUCGCUCGGCUGCGACGAUGGACGAGCCCGCGGAGAUUCCUGCCGAAGCAGAGGAGGACCAGCCCAUCGCCGAGAAUGCUGUCCCUGCACCCGACGUCGACGUAACGCAGACCUUGCAGUGGCUUUCUAUUGACAACCCCAAUCUGCUCGACGUUACUAGCCUCAUCAUCAUGAACAACCUGGAGGUGGUGGCAACUCGCAUCCAGAGCCAUGAGAAGAUGCUGCUCGACAUCGCCCAGCAAGUCAGAAAGGGCAACAGAGCCAUCGACCAGCUAGGCGGCCAAACCAGUCGUCGAUCUUCUGUUGGGAGUCGGCGCUCAUCGACCGGUCAACCCGCCAGCGAGGCCUUGGCCGAGGAGGACCAGGGUGCCCGUGCUUUCGAUGAGAUCGUCGAGAAUCUUUCGGCGCUCGAUGAUUGCUUCGAACGAUUCAUUCUGAGCUCUGACCAUACCCCCUUGGUUAGACGCUCAAAGCAUGUGCAGACUUCAUCCACCGCCUUCGUCGAGGCUGCCAAAGGCCAGCUGGGUGGCCAUCUAGACGAGGCAAUCAUCAACAAACUAUCCAGCCUCAACGAUGAGGAGAUCAUCGAUGUCUACAUCAAGCUCAGCAAGCGAAACCGGACCAACAAGUCAACGGGGAAAAAGGUCGUCACAGUCACCGAGAGUUUCCAUACCGACAUCAUCGACGGCACUGAUAGCCAGUCGACCCAGGUGAACACUCCUCAUAACCGAUCCAGCAAGCGAGUUGCGCCAAAGACACCCGCUCGACGAACGCGAUCGCGCGCUGUCAUCCAAGAUUCCGAUGAUGAUAAUGAUGAUGGGGAUGAUGUGGUUGAGGGCAGUCUUUUUGUUGAUGGUCAGAACCAGCAAGCCAACUAG